UAGACCGAACCAAAGCAGGGCAGGGCUUUCUUCCUCCCUUGUUUGGCCUGCCGCUUAAGCAAUCUCGGUUCCUGCUUUCUUCCCCUCCGCCAUGGCAAAACCCUACAAGCAGAUGAUCCAUAGCUUCAGCAGGCUCUACUCCCAUCGGUUCCCGUCGCAUCCCUCGCCCCGAAGCCCUAUCCCUUGCGGCCAGACGCGGUUCUUCAACGCGACCCCCUCCGGUUACACUCGCCCCUCGAGUCCAUACCCGUCCGCGGAUCCAUCGUCGCCGAACCGCGUCUUCUCUGCCUUUUUCUCUUCUAAAUCGCGCCUGGGAUCCGGAACUCUCUCCAAGUUGCCGCCUUUGGGUUCCGGGAUCAAGGGGCUGGGUCUGACCAGCGAGAGCAGGCUCAGCUCCAGGAUCUCGUUCACCAGAAGCUUGAAGUACAGCGGAAAUGCGGGCGUUGCGGCCGGAUUUAGGAAAUCGAUGGUGGACAAGCCCUUGUCGGCUGUCUCGUCGGCUUUCUCACGGUACCGAGAGGCGGUGAGGUUGCAGAUGGAAGCGUUUUGGAGGAGGAAUUAUUUGGUUAUCGUGGGAUCUGGCGCGGUGGCUGUCUGCAUCGCUCUUUGGAGGAUAAUGUUUGGGGUAGCGAGCACCUUUAUUGGGCUUUCCGAAGGCAUGGCUAAGUAUGGGUUUCUUGCGCUCGCGACUGCCAUUGUGGCCUUCAUGGGCAUGUACUUUCGGGCGAGAUUUACUAUCAAUCCUGAUAAAGUUUACAGAAUUGCAAUGAGAAAGUUGAACACAUCUGCCGAAACUCUUGAGGUUAUGGGUGCCCCUUUAGCAGGGACAGAUGUUAGAGCCUAUGUUAUGUCAGGAGGUCAACCAAAAUUGACGAACUUCAAGCUGAAGCUUGGCAACAAACGAUGCUUCCUAAUAUUUCCUAUUCGAGGAUCGGAAAGAAGGGGUCUGGUUAGUGUUGAAGUCAAGAAGAAACAGGGCCAGUAUGACAUGAAGCUACUUGCGGUUGAUAUACCGAUGGCUUCAGGGCCCGAUCAGAGGCUGUUCCUCGUGGGGGAUGAGCAGGAGUACAAGGUGGGAGGAGGCUUGAUAUCUGAACUGCGAGAGCCCAUCGUGAAAGCCAUGGCAGCGGAGAAGGAGUUCGAAGAUCUAGAUCAGGAGGAAGAGAAAGCCGACGAGAUCAGAGAGCUGCAGGAGGCAGAACAAAAGAAGCGAGAAGAGGAGCUACGAGAGCUCGAGAAGGCAGAAUUGGAGCGGCAAGAAGCAAACCGUGAUAAGCCACAGAAUUAACUUGUGACAUUACGAUACACUCAGGAAAGCCUCCAGAGAACUUGUGUCAGAAUUGAGGUAAACAAACUUUGGUGCUUGAGUUAAUAAGGGAAAUGAAAAUUUUAUUUUGUAGAAGUUUUACAAAAUAUAU